AUGGCGGCGGACGUCGAAAUUUUCUCCGGAAACGGAAAGAGGAACUGCUGUGGCGAUAAACAAGAGCAUGAACAAUACUAUCUGUGUAGCAGCUUCCAUGGCUUCUCGAAAGAGUAUAGGGGACUAAGCACUCAAUCCAGCAAACUAGAAUUAAGAAAUCCCUUCAAAUUUCUUUUUUCCUCUCCAAACCAAGACCUUCUAAAUCAGAGGGCCGACUGGUGGUUGGUCGACGAGUUGACGGUGCAAUUCGGUUGCCGCCGGCCAGUGAACAGAAAUUGGAAGGGGAAGGGAAAAGUUUGCCGCACGCCAAUGAACGGAUUGUUCUUGCAAGUUGCCAGGUCUUGGGACGUUUUAAUCCCACCUUAUAAAUGA